AUGGAGAUUCCUUUGGCAGCAACAUUUUUAGGAUUGUUUGGAUGGAAUGUCUAUUAACUUAUUAAAAAAUUUAAAGCAAGAGAAAGAUAAAGUUGUUUGGUAAAAUUAAUAGAAGACCAAUCUAACUCUUUGAUAAUGACUUUAUCCCCUUAUAAAAAGAGAAAAAUAACUGAUUUUAAAGAGGUUGUUAUCAAGAAUCCUUAAAUUGUUGAAAUCUAAGAUAAUAAAGAAUAAUACGAUUGUGAUUCAUAUUAAAGAAUCUAAACAGUAUUAGAAUAAGUGGAAUAUGAAAGAUUUUAAGAAUAGGAUUACAUAGAUAAUGCCUAAAAUUUUAACUCAAGUGUUUUUGCUUAAAACAAAGAUGAUUUAAGGAAAAACAAAUAAAAUAAGGAUUUUUCAUUCACAAGCUAAAAUUAAAAUCAAAAUGAUGAAGAUUAAAAAAUUAAUAAUCUUGAAAUCUAUGAUCAAGUUAAUGAAUAACAUGAACAUUGUUCUGAUUUAGCAGAAAAAGAAACCAAUAAUAAUACUUUAACAAAUGUAAAAGAAUAAUAAUAAAUCAAUUAAGUUGAUGAUGAUUUUAAUUAUAAUAAUCAAAUUUAGAGAUUUUAAAACAAUUCUUUUGAUGAUUAAAUAUUGUAAGGAGUUUAAAAUUCAAAUUUUUAAAUUAAUAACAUAAAUAAUGAACAGCCAAUAUUUUAAUAAGGAAAUUAUACAAUAGGAUAAUUUUAAGUAAUAUCUCACAAUCUUGAAGUAUAAUCAAAUAUGUUUUAAAAUUUUUACAAUCCCAAUCAAGAAGAAUCAAUAUUACCAUUCUUUGCUUAAAAUAAUACAUUAAUCCCAUCUCAAUAAUCAUCUAAUUUAAUUCAAAAUAUUUCUUAACCCAUAUAUGAAUUACCUAAAAUAUUACAGGAGACUCUUAAUUAAACUUAAUAAUAAAAAAUUGAAAACGAAUAGAAUAAUUAAAACUAUUUUCACAAUUUUACAUAAAAUUGCUAACCUAUUUAUUCAGUAAAUAAUAUUUAAUAAUCUAAUUAAAUAUUUAAUCAACUAUUUUAAGGAAUUUCGAAUAACUAAUUGAAUAAGGAAUUACUUCAUUCUUAAAAUUCAAUCUAAUAUUAACCAAGAGGUAGUUUAUACAUUUAGGAUAUUAAAAAUAAAAAUACAAUAUUUUAAAAUAUUGGUUUCAAAGAACAAACAUAAUUACCUAGAUUUUAGAAUGAAGAAGAAUAAUUUAGUUUCAAAAAAAGAAAUACUAAAUUUGAGGAAUUAAAUUUAGAAUAGAAUUAAUUUAAAAAUGAUGGCUAAAAAACUUCUAUCAACAAUAUUCAAUAAUCAAAAUUAAAUAAAGGACAAGCAAUAUUUAUUACAAAUUCAAUCGAUAAUCAACCUAAAUAACAAAAAGAGUUAAAAAGCAGUCAUUUUAAUGAUUUCUCAUUUUAUUUAUAAUUAUUGGGAGGAGGAGGAGGACUCAAUACUAAAGUAAGCGUGCCAUCAGGAAAUUUAUUAAAAUUAUUGCUGAAUAAUUGA